AUGUCAGAUGAUAAUGGUUCGAAACGAACCCGAGCCUCGGGUGAGGUGUUAGACUAUCUUUUGGAAGCAUUCAAGCAGAACCAUAAUCCUUCACCGGAACAGCGGCGAGAAAUCAGUGAAAAGACUAAUAUGAGUGAAAAGGCAGUUAGAAUAUGGUUUCAAAAUCGACGGGCCAAACUUCGAAAGUUUGAGCGGAUGGGUAAAAAAUCCGAUUCUGGAAGCACUGGCGAUGCAAGUCCAUAUUCUGCCAGUCUGUCGGCUCGUUUUGAAAUGAGCUCUCCGCCGUCGCCGAUUGAUAUCAGUGAGAAGUACUGCUUCAUCGACUGUUCAUCCCUUUCGGUAGCUUCGUGGCAGCGAGUAAGAACUGGUAAUCACCAUUUCCAUGCAUUGAAAAAUACCCUUGUGAAUCUUUCUCCAUUUACUCUCAAUGGUGCCAUGUCCAGCGCCGACUUGUUGGUGAUACUAUCGAAGAAAAACUCGGAGAUCAAUUACUUUUUCAGCGCCAUGGCCAACGACUCGAAAAUUUUGUUUCGAAUAUUCUACCCAAUCUCGAGCAUUGUGACGUGCUCAUUACUAGACAAUAACAUAAACAAGGGAAGCAACGAAUUACGUCUUAGCCUUUCGGCUCCCCCCAAAUUUUCCGUCUUCUUUUUCAAUAACGUCAAUUCAGAAGCCAACCAAUGGUCAAUCUGUGAUGACUUCAGCGAAGACCAACAGGUUAGCACUGCGUACUGCAAUGAUGGUGGCACUUCCAUACCCCAUGUUCUUGUGGGUGUGAAGAGCACAUUACAGUUUUUGCACGCUUACAUCUUGGAGCUCAAUCAAUUACCGCACCACCCACCUAGAUACCAUACAGACUUGCAUCUCGUCGAUAUUCAAGACGAUAACCAUGAAAGCGGAAACUUUCAAAUCAACACCGAGUCACUAGAUGUGUGGCAGGAUAAGUCACCAUUAGGGGUGGAUUCACGAACAUCGCCUGCCUCAGGGACCAGUGUUCGUAGCCACGAUAUGGCAGAAGUAGCUCCAUUAGUAGCAAGUGGACCAGAAUACGAGAACUACAACAUGGAGUAUAGAGACCAAAACCAUUUAUUUGACGAGGAGCUGGACCUUCAUCCGUCCAAUUCCAACAAUGAACUACUUGCAAGCCCAUCUGCAAGUCUUGAGAACUUACCCCACAAUCCAGGUUUGGAUUCUCACCAACCUGAAAAUUUUGCAUUCACCGUUGACAACGAAUACAUUCCGGAAGAAACUCCCCCUGAAGAUCAUAGCACUGGUGGUGUGGAUAGUUUCAUAGACUACAACGCAAAGUAG